GCUGCCGUUAACAGACUAGGAUGCACACCAAAAGCUCCGCUCCAUGCCCCCGAUUCGGUCUAGUUUGCGCCUGCUAUAGGACAAUUCUGCCUCCACAUGCUCCGUGUAAAGCGAAAGUAUUCCAUCCUCGCCGGUACAACGAGCGAGGCGCGGAUAAAACCGUCUCUGAUCCCAGUCUGCACCUAUGGUGCGAGAACGUAUCCCCGCUAUGCACACUGUAUGAGAGAAUGUGCAAAUACAUUUGCCCCGCCUUGUAAGUCUUUGGAGAUCUUCAAAACUCGGUAAAUUCCUGUCUCAACCGACCCCGCUUACCUGACACUCUCCUCGAUCUUGACUGGCGUCCCAAAUCUGCGAGCUCUUGGCGGUGUCAUAGCUGCAUCAUGCGGGGCUGUCAGUGGUGUUACGAGCCUCACACCGGCACGGUCUUCCGUUUUAGAGGGCCAUAGCCCUGACUCCACAAACGCUAUUAAACUCGUAAAUUUGCC